CUGAUCGAGAGUGCUUAUAAAUAGCUCCCCGGCCGGCCCCUCAUCAGCCAUCGUACUAAGUAUGUACCAGCAAUUAACCAGUCACAGCAACUGACCUCUCGCUCAGAUCAUCAGAACCAACGACCACUUUGUCGUAGGAAGAAUCAUAUCGGUGGACGGCUGUACGUACUGUACCAUGGGGUGGUACGACGGGCUGCUUCUCAUGAAGGCUCUUGUUGUUCUUACCGGCAGCAUGCUGGUGCUCAGCGCCGCCGCCGUAGAGCGGCGGCGGGUGCCGGCGAUGUACGUGUUCGGGGACUCCACCCUGGACGUGGGCAACAACAACCACUUGCAAGGGAAGCAGGUCCCCCGGGCCAACAAGCCCUACUACGGCAUCGACCUGCCCGGCUCCGGCAAGCCCACCGGGAGGUUCAGCAAUGGCUACAACGUCGCCGACUUCGUUGCGAAGCAUCUAGGGUUCGAGAAGAGCCCCCUGGCUUAUCUGGUGCUGAAAGCGCGCAAUUACCUGAUCCCGAGCGCCAUCACCAGAGGAGUGAGCUACGCAUCGGCAGGAGCUGGCAUCCUCGACUCCACUGUAAGGAACGCCGGAGGCAACCUCCCGCUGUCGCAGCAGGUGCGGCUCUUCGCCGCCACCAGGGCCGCCAUGGAGGCCAAGGUGGGCGCGCGCGCGGUGGCCGAGCUCCUCUCCAGGUCCUUCUUCCUCGUCGGCGUCGGCAGCAACGACUUCUUCGCCUUCGCCACGGCGCAGGCCAAAGGGAACAGCACGGCGGUGGGCGUGGGCACCCAGAGCGACGUCGUCGCCGCCUUCUACGGCAGCCUCGUAUCCAACUACGCAGCCGCCAUCACGGAGCUGUACAAGCUGGGCGCCAGGAAAUUCGGCAUCAUCAACGUGGGGCCUGUCGGCUGCGUGCCGGCCGUGCGCGUGCUCAACGCCACCGGCGGGUGCGCCGACGCCAUGAACCAGCUGGCCGCGGCCUUCGACGGCUUCCUCGACUCCCUCCUGGCCGGGCUCGCCGCGAGGCUGCCGGGGCUCGCCUACUCCGUCGCCGACUCCUUCGGCUUCGCCGCGCGCACCGACCCGCUGGCGCUGGGGUUCGUUAGCCAGGACAGCGCGUGCUGCGGCGGCGGCAGCCUCGGCGCGGAGAAGGACUGCCUGCCCGGCGCCCAGCUCUGCGCCGACCGCGACCGCUUCCUCUUCUGGGACCGCGUGCACCCUUCCCAGCGCGCCGCCAUGCUCAGCGCCCAGGCGUACUACGACGGCCCCAAGGAGUUCACCGCGCCCAUCAGCUUCAAGCAGCUGGCUGACAAGAUAGUAAUCAAAUAAUGUAUUUCUGUUUGUUGUACAUGCUCACAUAAUAAUCGUCGCUAUAUUUUUUUGUUCGUUGCAAUUUCCCUUCAGAAAAUAAUUAAAUGAGUGGAUUGAAUCAAGGCCGGAAUAAUUUAUUGACUUAAUAAGUAUGUGAAGAGUUUUGUACACUCAAUAAGGCAUGUACAACCUAAUUAAACGAGGAGUCUUUAUUAGGCUAAGUGAAAAAAAAAUCAAGAGACGAGCUCUUCACGAAGAGCCCGUUUCUACACGACUUUCUAGA